AUGGCUGUUUGUAUAUUAGGUAUAUUUUCUAAUAGUAUAACAGGUAUAACAGGUAGUUUAGUUUUAUCUAUAGCUCAUGGUUUUGUAUCUCCAGGUUUAUUUAUUAUAGUUGGUGGUAUAUUAUAUGAUAGAUAUCAUAAUAGAUUAGUACAAUAUUUCCAAGGUUUAAUAACUUAUAUGCCUUAUUUAUCAGUUUACUUUAUUAUAUUAAGUUUCUGUAACAUAGGUACUCCUUUAUCUAUUAACUUUAUAGGAGAAUUAUUAUCAUUAACUGGUUCUAUUAAUAGAGCUCCUUUACUUGGUGGUAUUGCUGCUAUCUCUGUUCUUUUAUCAGCUUGUUAUCAAAUGAAAUUAACUAAUAGAUUAACAGGUGGUGUUAAAACACCUUAUGUAAGUCUAACAGCUGAUUGUACUUAUAGAGAAACUAUUCUUAUGUUAUCUUUAAUUAUACCAACUAUUUUCUUAGGUAUUUUCCCUAUUUGA